AUGGCGCAGAACAGAUUCGUCAUUGAAGUCGAAAAAGCAAAGGCAGCGAGUGAUGGUAGACCUUCAAGAGGACCUGCCUACCGUAGCAUCUUCGCUAAAGAUGGAUUUCCUGCUCCUAUUCAAGGUCUUGAUUGUUGCUGGGACGUUUUCCGAAUGUCAGUUGAGAAAUAUCCAAAUAAUCCUAUGCUUGGUAACAGAGAGAUUGUGGAUGGGAAGGCAGGUGGUUACAAGUGGCAAACUUACAAAGAAGUAUAUGAUAUGGUGAUCAAAGUCGGAAAUUCCAUCCGCAGCUGUGGUUAUGGAGAAGGUGUAAAGUGCGGUAUUUAUGGUGCCAAUUCUGCAGAGUGGAUUAUGAGCAUGGAGGCUUGCAAUGCUCAUGGACUUCUUUGCGUUCCUUUAUAUGAUACCUUAGGUUCUGGAGCCGUGGAAUUUAUUAUAUUACAUGCAGAAGUCUCAAUUGCAUUUGCAGAAGAAAAGAAAAUACCCGAGCUGUUGAAGACAUUUCCAAAUGCAGCCAAAUAUCUCAGGACAAUUGUGAGCUUCGGAAAGGUUACUCCUGAACAAAAGCAAGAAGUUGAAGAGUUUGGAUUGGCAAUAUAUUCAUGGACUGAAUUUUUACAAUUGGGUGAAAGUCAGAGUUUUGAUCUACCUGUAAAAAAAAGAAGCGAUAUCUCUACUAUAAUGUAUACUAGCGGCACUACUGGUGACCCCAAGGGAGUAUUGAUAUCCAAUGAGAGUAUUAUUAGCUUAUUAGCUGGGGUUAAGCGGCUGCUGGAGAGUGUAGAUGAAAAAUUGACUGAGAAGGAUGUGUACUUAUCAUACCUUCCUCUCGCACAUAUUUUUGAUAGGGUCAUUGAAGAGACAUUUAUAUGGCAUGGUGCCUCGAUAGGCUUCUGGCGUGGGGAUGUUAAAUUGUUAAUCGAGGACCUUGGAGAGCUAAAACCAACUAUUUUCUGUGCUGUACCCCGUGUACUUGAUAGAGUGUACUCAGGUUUGACACAGAAAAUUUCUUCUGGAGGCUUCCUGAAGAAGACAUUAUUCAACUUUGCUUAUUCAUAUAAAAUGAAUAACAUGAAGAAAGGGCAUAAGCAUGCAUCAGCAUCUCCACUUCUUGACAAAAUUGUGUUCGAUAAGGUAAAGCAAGGUUUAGGGGGUAAAGUACGUGUCAUUUUGUCUGGAGCAGCACCUCUAUCUGUGCACGUGGAAAGUUACUUACGGGUGGUGACUUGUGCUCAUGUCCUACAAGGAUAUGGUUUGACCGAAACCUGUGCGGGAACCUUUGUCUCAUUACCAAAUGAACUAGGUAUGCUUGGAACAGUGGGUCCUCCUGUACCAAAUGUAGAUGCGUGCCUGGAAUCUGUCCCUGAAAUGGGCUACGAUGCCCUUGCAAGCACACCAAGAGGAGAAAUUUGUGUAAAGGGUGAUCCCUUAUUUUCAGGGUACUACAAACGUGAAGACCUCACAAAAGAGGUUCUGAUUGAUGGAUGGUUCCAUACAGGGGAUAUUGGAGAGUGGCAGCCUAAUGGAAGCAUGAAGAUUAUUGAUAGGAAGAAGAAUAUAUUCAAGCUUUCACAAGGAGAAUAUGUCGCAGUUGAAAACUUGGAGAAUAUUUUUAGCCAAGUUCCUUCUAUUGAAUCGAUAUGGGUUUACGGAAACAGUUUUGAGGCCUUCCUUGUUGCCGUUGUUAACCCUAGAAAGCAGGCACUUGAACAGUGGGCAGAAGAAAAUGGUAUAUCAAUGGACUUUGAUACUCUCUGUGAAGAUUCUAGGGCAAAAAGUUACAUACUUGAAGAGCUCUCAAAGCUUGGAAAGGAAAAGAAGUUGAAAGGAUUUGAGUUUAUAAAAGCAGUUCAUCUUGACCCAGUUCCAUUUGAUAUGGAACGUGACCUUAUCACUCCAACGUUUAAGAAGAAGAGGCCUCAGUUGCUUAAAUACUAUCAGAAUGUGAUCGAUAACAUGUACAAAAAUGGAAAUAAACCCCGUACCUGA